AUGUCACGAAGACAUCAAAAUGAAAAGGACCAAGCACUUGAACUUCUAGAAAAAGCUCGAGAAGGCAAAAUCGAUAUGGAAGAAGUAGCAAUAAAUUGUAUUGCACAAGAUGGAUUCGAUGACAUUGAUGAUAUUGAUAUUGAAGAUUUAAAGAAUGAAAACAUUAAAGAAGAAUCAAAAGAAGAGGUUGGAGGUAAGAAGAUGGUCCAACAAAAGUUAGUUAUUGAAGGAAAAAUUAAUCCAGAAAUUAAAGAAAUGAUUAAAGAAAAAACCGAAAUUACUAUUUCAAAAGAAAAGGCUCCACCAAUCAAAUUACCAAAAAAAUUUAUUCUUAAUGUCCCUAAAAGAACAGACGCUAAUAUAUUAAAAAAUGUCCCAACACAAAAUUUAGAUUUCUUCUAUAUUGAUUUAGUAAGUGUUACUACAAUGAAGGGUUGUGUCUUUUUAAUAGGAAAAGUAAAAGGAGAUAAUGGAUUUAUUUCUUGUUCAAUUCUUGUCAAAGGUAUUAGAAGAGUUUUGUUUGUUGAACCAAAAAAAGAAUUUAUCAAUAAGCCAAAAGAAGUGAUAGAAGAAUUAAAGAAAUAUUAUAAAUCAACAAAUGUAGUUUUUGCAGAAGCGACAAAAGAAAUGAUUAUUAAUCCACAGGACACAAAUGACAAUAAAGAGUUAUUAGAAAAAAAAGUUAUCAAAGGGAUUCAGGUUGAAUGUUAUUUUGAUGAUAAAGAAUUAAAUGAUACUGGAAAAACUUAUGAAAAAGUUUAUCAAAAAACAUUGACAUGUGAAGAAGUCUUUCUUAGUAAUUAUUCAAUAUUUGGUCCAUCUUGGAUUAAAUUUAAUGGAUUAACUGUUGUACGUACUUCUGUAGAACAAAAGUCAUGGUGUUUAAGAGAGUAUAUUUUAGACCUCAAAAAAGUUAAUCCUAAAACGUCAAUUAAAACUUCUAUAACAAACACAAUGAUUCCUCCCUUAAAUAUUUGUUCUAUUGAAACAAUUUGUUUAAAUGAAGAGAAAACAAAAAAACCAAUGAUGGUCUCAUUAGAUGUAGUUAAAAGUGUUCCUAUGAGUCAUAGUAUGAAAGCAUGGAGAGAUGAUAUUUAUACAUUUUAUAUAAAUCAAGGAGUUAAAUGUUCAAAAGGAAUGGAAGCAAAAGACCAAAAAGAACUUUUGUUAAAAGUAUGUAACUUCAUUCAACAACAUGACAUUGAUCUGAUUAUAUCACAUGAUAUGACAACAACAUUAAUGCCAUUUUUUGAUACUAUUGAAUCAUCAGGGGAAGUUUCUGCUUAUUCUAAAUUUGGAAGAUUAAAAAGAACACUUACUAACACUAAAUCAAAAGAUAAUAAAGAUAAUACCUUUGCAGGAAAAAUAUUUUUUUCUGGAAGAUUAUUAGCGGAUACGUUUGUGUUAUCAAAAGAAUUUUUAAGGUCAGAAAAAAUUAAUGAUUUAAAUACUCUAACUAGUCAUUAUCUUGGAAUUCAAAGAGAAUAUAAUAUUGAUGAUUUGACAUGUUCAAGUGAUAUUGAAUUUGCAUUACAAGAUAAAACUAAAAUUGAUAGUAUUAGAAAUUAUCUUGAAGAAAAUUCUAGGUUAGUUAUAAAACUUUGUAAUCAAAUGAAUGCAAUUGCAAUGACAAAAGAAUUAACUAAUUUGGCUGGUAAUAUUUGGAGUCAUUCUUUCUUUGGAAAGAGGGCAGAACGAGUUGAGUAUUUACUUCUUCAUGAAUUUAUUAAACAAACAACAUUGUAUAUUUUACCAGAUAAAAAGUUUGGGGAAGGAAGCCAACAUAAAAAAUAUGCUGGUGGUUUGGUUUUAGAACCUGUCAAAGAUUUUUACUCAGACCCAAUUUUAUUAAUAGACUUCAAAUCAUUAUACCCAUCAAUUAUUAUGGAAUUUGGUGUUUGUUUUCUUAAUUCUCAACUUGGAGGAGAAAAUAAUAAAUCAAUGUUACCAGAAAUUAUUAAAAAACUGGUUAUGAGAAGAAGACAAAUUGUAAGUGAAAUGGAAAAGUUAGGAGAUAAAGAUGAAAUUAAAAAAGCACAAUUAAAUACACAACAACUAUCUGUAAAAGUAAUGACUAACUCUAUUUAUGGUUGUCUUGGUUUUAAAGGAAGUAGAUUUUAUUGUCAAAAAAUUGCUGAGUGGAUUACUGGUAAAGGAAGAACUAUUUUAACAAAUACAUGUGAACAGGUUCAAAAAAUGGAUAUCCAAGUAAUUUAUGGAGAUACUGAUUCAUUAAUGGUUAGACCACCAAAAAUUAGUUUGAAAGAUUUAAAGAAUUUUGGUAAUAAUUUAUGUGCACAAAUUAAUAAAAGUUAUAAAUCAUUAGAAAUUGAAAUCGAUGCUAUAUUUGAAAAAUUAUUAUUAUUAAGAAAGAAGAGAUACGCUGCUACAAUGAUUCUUGAUGGAGGUAAAAAGAAAAAAGAAUUAAAAGGAUUAGACGUUGUAAGGAGAGAAUGGUGUCCAUUAUCUAAAGAAAUAGGAUAUUAUUGUAUAGACUUAAUACUGUCUGAUCCAGGAUUAGUUAAAAUGCAACAAAUAUUAGAAACUUAUUUUAAAAAUAUAGCAGAAAAAUUAAGAAGUGGUAAAGUUGAUAUUCACCAAUUAGUUAUUACUAAAGGACUGAACAAAGAUCCUCAAUCAUAUCCACAAAAAAUUGAUCAUGUAGCUGCUGCAUUAAAAUCAAGUAAACACUAUAAGGCUGGAGAUCAAAUUAAAUACUUAAUUGAAAAAGGAGAUAAUACAAAGUCAAGUAGUGAUAGAUCAAUUCCACUUGAUGUUGUUGAAAAAUUAGAUAAAUUUGAACCUGAUUAUGAAUAUUAUUUAGAUACACAAAUUUAUGCACCAGUUUCAAGAUUAUUUGAAGUAUUUCCUAGUAUAAAUAUUAAAAUUAGAGAAUGGCUUGGAUUAAGUCCAACAACAACUUUGUAUAGUAGAAUUGCUGUGACAGCAAAUAAAAGUGGUUCAUGGUUAGGUUUUGAAAUUGAAUGUGGUGAAUGUAAAAAAGUAUUUACAUAUAGAGCAUAUCAAGAAAGGGACAUGAAAUGUAGGUGUCCAGAAUGCAAGAAAUUAUAUACAUCUACUGAUUUAGUUUCUAAAGGAAAACAAUACAUGGAAAAGGUAUUAGAUGAUUAUUUAAAACAAAAAGUUUCUUGUAAUGAUUGUGGAAAAAUUUAUACAAAGGCUGGAAAUAAUGCAGUUUAUGAUGACUCUUUUGAUUGUUGUGGAAAGAAUUAUGAAUUUAAUAUUAAAAAGAAUGAUAUCAUUGAAAAAUUAACAAGUCUUUAUGUUAUUACAUCAUCAAGACUUAAUGACCAACAAAAAAUUGAUUAUGAUAUUGAUGCAUUACAUUCAUCAGUAAAAGGAUUUUUAGAUAAACCAUGUUUACAAAGAGGAAGAUAA